GAGAAACAGAAGAGAGAUCUGGAGGCCUUGAUUGCAGAGGAGGAGAAAUCUUGUUCCAGCUGUGAGGGGGCUUCUGUCGAGCUUGACUGGAUAACAGAGUUUGCAGUCAAGAAAGAGAAACAGGAAAAACUGGACAGUGCAAAACAAAAACAACAAAAAUUGGAAAAGCAGGAGUCUAGAUUGUUAGAAAUAGGAAAGCAAAAACAGUACAGAAAACGUAAACGAGAUCCACUGGAGGAGGAAUUUGAGGAGUUAAUGAAGGAAGCUAAUCCUGAUGUACAGGCCGCCUACCGCGAGGAGAUUGACAAGGUCAAAGGUCAGGAGGCGGAUCAAGGGGACGAGGACUUAGUGCCAGAGGAUUACCAUAGCGACGAGGAGGUCAAGUCUGAGGAUGUUUCAGAGAGUGAGGACAAUGAGGAAGAGGUGGACCAUGUGACUAAGAUCUACUACUGCAGUCGUACACAUUCUCAGCUGGCACAGUUCGUCCGCGAGAUCGUCAAAAGUCCCUACGGUUCUCACACCAGAGUGUUGACUCUAGGAUCAAGGCAAAAUCUGUGUGUGAAUGAAACUGUGAAAAAACUGAAGUCUCUGUCUUUGAUGAAUGACAUGUGUCUAGAUUUACAGAAAAAUAAAAGUAAGAAGAUCGAAAGGGAAGCCAGUGGGGAGGCGAUCAGGAAGAGGAGGGAGAAGAAUAGCGGGGGAUGUCCGUAUUACCGCCAGGAGACGAUGGAAGACCUGGGCAAUCAGAUAUUGGCAGAAAUUACAGAUGUGGAACAGAUUGUUAAAGCAGGUCGGCAGAUGAAGGCCUGCCCUUACUACACAAGUCGUCUAUCUAUACCACUAGCUGAGGUGGUGGUCCUCCCAUACAAUAUCAUCCUACACAAGUCUACUCGAGAGGCCAGUGGAAUCCGUUUGGAGGGGAAUGUGGUACUGAUUGAUGAGGCCCACAACCUGCUGGAGACCAUUAACUCUGUGUACAGUGUCACAGUGACGGGGGCCCAGUUAACCAAAGCCCACAACCAGCUUAGUCAGUAUGAACAGAGAUUUAGAUCCAGAUUGAAGGCUAAAAACUUACUGUACGUGAAGCAGAUUCUGUACAUACUGAACUGUCUGGUGAGAUUUCUGGGAGGGAGGACAGACAAGGAUGGAGCCAAACAGGGUGUUGGGAAAUAUGAGACCAAAGUGCUCACCGUUAACCAGUUUCUGUUGGAGAGCGGGUUUGACAACAUUAACCUGUUUAAGAUUCUACAGUAUUGUCGAAAGAGCCAAAUUUCCAAAAAGCUAAAUGGAUUCUUGGAGAAAUAUCCAAACAGUGAGGUCACCAUGGCAGCAGAGAAGACCAAAGAGAGAAAUGUGGGAGUGUCGGGUUUCUUGAAGGAAAUUACACAAAAUGUAGAGAGCUCGGCUUCAUUGGAAGAGACACAGAAGACAAGUGGCUAUAAGGGAAAUGAGGACUCUGUGGUUAUGAGGUCACCAUUGAUGCACAUUGAAGGAUUUUUUGCCUCUUUGACCAGUGCGGAUAAAGAUGGCCGAAUCGUGCUAACCAAACAGCCAUUGAUGAGCAACUGUUCCUUGAAAUUUCUGUUGAUGAACCCAGCUGUUCAUUUUAAGGAUGUGCUCACCCAGGCCAGGUCAGUUAUAGUGGCUGGGGGGACCAUGCAGCCCAUGGACGAAUUCAAACAGCAGUUGUUUUUUGCUGCAGGCAUUGGUCCAGAGAGGAUUCUUGAAUAUUCAUGUGGUCAUGUGAUUGCCUCUGAUCAUCUAUUGGCUCUGGCCAUGAAAUCUGGACCAAUGGGGAUAGAUCUGGAUUUUACCUUUGGUUCACGAGAGAACUCAGCUCUUCUGAAUGAACUUGGGUUGAUUGUGAGUAAUGUCUGUGGUAUUAUUCCAGGGGGCCUGGUCUGUUUCUUCCCCUCGUAUGAUUAUCAGAAUCUUGUUUACCAGCAUUGGCAGAAGUCGGGCAUUCUCACCAAACUGGAGAGGAAAAAGAGGAUAUUUCAGGAGCCUAAACUGUCCAGCCAGGUGGAGCAAGUCCUUGGAGAAUAUUCAAAGUCCAUCCAAAAGUCCAGUGGUGGGGGAUCAGGCGCGAUUUUGCUGUGUGUGGUGGGAGGGAAGAUGAGCGAGGGGAUCAACUUCUCGGAUGAACUGGGUCGAGGCGUCAUCAUGGUGGGCAUGCCUUACCCUAACAUCAGGUCCCCAGAACUUCAGGAGAAAAUGCAAUAUUUGAAUUCCAAUUUCCCAAAAGACAAAGAAGGCCAUCUCCCAGGUCAAGUUCACUAUGAAAACCUUUGUAUGAAGGCCGUCAAUCAAUCCAUUGGUCGAGCCAUUCGUCACCGUGGCGAUUAUGCAACCAUUCUGUUGCUUGAUAAACGAUACUGUAAGGAGAGUGUAAGGACAAAACUCCCGACCUGGAUUGGGAAAAAUCUGCAGAAAAUGGAGAAGUAUGGCCCAGCUGUAGCUGCUAUUUCUCAGUUCUUCAGAGGAAAGAAGGGCGAUUCAACAAGUUAGAUUUCAAUGGGAUUUAAAUGACAUUCCCUGGUUAUGAUUUUAUAUUUAUGUUUAGUUGUUUUAUUACCAUUGUCUUGUUAAAACAUGUACUGAUUAAAACA